CGACCCUUAAGAGGUUAUAGCAAGCGCGGGGAAGUUGAGUUGUCACAGUUUUGAGGAUCAUAAAGUUGACCGAACAAAAGGAACAGCUGGACGAUGUCAGAAAUUCUCCCGAUCGGACGGGGGAAUAGAUUCAACCCAUAUCGUAAGGAGAGUGGCAAAACGAACGAGAAAGGAAGAGGAAGGAGCCGAGAGUUUUUAGAUAGUAUAGAGAACAUGAUAGAGACAGAGAAUGACGAGGAGAGUAACGUAACAAGUAAAUUACAAUUAAGAGCAAGCAGUUCAAUUAAGGAAACAGGUUCGCAAUCAAGCGAGAAUCAACCAGACAAAGAUGCAGAUAUGGAGCUGACGGAGGAGAUUAUAGAUUCGAGCCAAGGACCAAGUACUAGGACAAGGAAUGCAGAGGAUGAUACACAAACAACCAACCGAAAGGAACAGGAAAAUAUCAACAAACAAGUGCUGGUAUAGCCAUUGAAGAGCAAGACGAGGGUUAUUAUAUUAGUUUACCUAAGGAAUGCACAAUAUUUACGGUAGAGGCAAUAGCAAUUUCUACAGCUCUAAAGAUUGCAGAAAGUAGAAGGAAUUCCUUCAAUAAUGUAGUUAUAUUUUUUGACUCGAAGUCCGUUCUUCAAGCUAUCUCUCAAAAUAAUAUUAAUGUAUACAAAAAUAAGUAUGUUCUUGAAAUAAGAAGGCUAUAUAGUCGAUUUAAAGAUCUUUAUUUUAAGAAUAUAUUGUUUGUAUGGAUUCCAUCUCAUUAUGGAAUCUCGGGAAAUGAAAUUGCAGAUUUCCUAGCAAAAGCAGGUACCCAAGAACCGGCAAAUGUUGAAUUUGAUAUUCCUAUUAGAGAUUUAAGAAAUAUAUAUAAAAAUGAAGCGUGGAUAAGAACACAAGAAUAUGUUAUUAGAGAUUCUAAAUUGAAAGGAAAGUACUAUUUUUCUAACUUUUAUGAUAGGAACAGUAAAAUACCGUGAUUUGAACAUUUUAACGAGGAAAGAUAUUUUGUAACCUUUGUAAAUAGAAUAAGAGCGAAUCAUUAUAAUUUAAAUGCAUCGUUAGCAAGGAAAAACUAUAUAAAUGACACAAGAUGUGAUUGUGGCUACGAAUAUGAGAAUAUCGAUCACGUGAUUUGGCGAUGUCAUCGAUACGACGAAGAGAGAAUGAGAAUGGGAGACAUCUUAAGUAGUAGGAAUAUCGACGGAGUGGAAAGCGUUACAGACAUCCUGAAGAAAAAAGAUUGGAAGAAAUUUGGUGUUAUAUUCAACUUUAUCAAGAAAUUGAACAGAAUUAUUUAAAAACUUACUGGGCUCGCAGAUGCGAGUAAGGUUAAAAAAAAAAAAAAAAAAAAAGGCGCCCUCUACCCCAGCCUUGCGUUAUAUAACCUCAAGAACUGCUCCGGUUAGGUUGACGACGCGUGUCCCGAGUGAGAUACAAAACAAAAAAAAAAAAAAAAUGGCUAUGAUCAAAGGG